AUGCCACUCUUUUCCAACGCGCCAGCGCUUCGCCUGACCCUAGCCUACGUCCUGGACGAGCCGUCGUGCCUCCUCCCGCACAGGACCAUUCCGACUCUUCUCCCACUCCCACUACCAAUUGGCCCGUGGCUUCCCUCUCUCAAUGCCGCCGGCAAGAAACCUACCAUUCGUGCCCUCGUCAUAGACAAAGACAACACUCUAUGUCCACCGGAGACGGUUAAACUGCACCACGCGUAUCUAAACAAGAUCGAAAAGAUCAAGAAAAGUGACGAGUUCAGCCACAGUCCGCACAGCAUCUUGAUUGUCUCCAACACCGCAGGAAGCUCCUCGUCGCCGGAACAUGAAGCUGAGGCCAAGCAGUUGGAGAAGGAGCUGGGACUUCCCGUGCUAAGACAACACCCCGACCGGAAGAAACCAUUCUGCGGACCAGACAUUCUACAAUACUUCAGGGACCAUGGCGUUACAGAGGACCCCAAAGAGAUCGUCGUUGUGGGAGACCGAUUGGCCACUGAUGUUCUGCUCGCCCGUGAGAUGGGUAGCUGGAGCAUCUGGGCCCGAGACGGAUGGCGCAAUCCCGAAAUACCAGGGCGAGACUACAGAGGCUUCUUCAGUAGGAUCGAGGGCCGCUUCGAACGAUUGAUGCGUGGCGGGCUGGGAAAGGUGGCUCCACUACCAAAAACGAUAUCAUCACCGUGA